CUUCCCGGGGAAGGAGGUCCCUGUGGACAGGGAGGUUCCUGCAGGCGGCGGGAGCGGGGCCGAGGCCGGGAGCGUGGGGUCCAGGCCGCCUCCCGGCAGGCAGGGAAGACCGGUCGCUGCGCGGCGGGCCAGGGACCAGGCCAGCUCUGAGGGGCCUGUGGCCGGCCCUGACGGGAGAAGAGGGCGUCCAGUCAGAAUGCGGCCCGCUGCAGUCAGAAUGGGGUCCGGGGCGGCGGCGGGGAGGACGCAUACUGACCCGCCUGUGAGCAACCCUUCCCCACCCCCGCCUUCCGCCACAGUGAGGCCCGCAGAAAACUAAAGCCUGUCUCUCGGCUGCAGAGACCUUUGGCAGAGGCCUGAGAGAUCAGCCUGAGCCUGUGACUGCUUCCUAGAGCCCUUGUCUCUGCCGAGGUCACUUCCUGGAAUCCUCGUGACUGCUUCGAAGUGCUGUCGGGGGGGUGGAGUCCAGUUUCUGAUCCUGAACAAGUGCCUCCCAGUCCUUCUCGAGACAGCACGGACAGGUUGUUCUUCCUUCCUAGAAUCUCCAAGGUCUGCGUCUGGGGGAAAGAUGCCGGCCCUCGCUGCUCUGUUUAAGUACAUUGAUGAGAAUCAGGAUCGCUACAUUAAGAAACUUGCAGAAUGGGUGGCCAUCCAGAGCGUGUCUGCCUGGCCUGAGAAGAGGGGUGAGAUCCGGAAGAUGAUGGAGGUUGCCGCUGCCGACAUCACACAGCUGGGGGGCUCCGUGGAGCUGGUGGACAUCGGGAACCAGAAGCUCCCUGAUGGCUCGGAGAUACCGCUUCCUCCCAUUUUACUUGGCAAGCUGGGCUCUGACCCGCAGAAGAAGACUGUGUGCGUUUAUGGGCAUCUGGAUGUGCAGCCAGCGGCCCUGGAGGAUGGCUGGGAUAGCGAGCCCUUCACCUUGGUGGAGCGAGACGGCAAACUGUACGGAAGAGGAGCAACGGAUGACAAAGGGCCCGUGGCUGGCUGGGUGAACGCCCUGGAGGCCUUCCAGAAAACAAAUCAGGAGGUUCCCGUCAACAUCCGCUUCUGUCUGGAAGGCAUGGAGGAGUCUGGCUCUGAAGGCCUGGACGCACUCAUCUUUGCCCAGAAGGACCAGUUCUUUAAGGAUGUGGACUUCGUCUGCAUCUCCGACAAUUACUGGCUGGGGAAGAACAAGCCCUGCGUCACCUAUGGGCUCCGCGGCAUCUGCUAUUUUUUCAUCGAGGUGGAAUGCAGCAACAGAGACCUGCACUCCGGCGUGUAUGGUGGCUCUGUGCACGAGGCCAUGACCGAUCUCAUCAUGCUGAUGGGCUCCCUGAUGGACGGGAAGGGGAAGAUCCUCAUCCCCGGCAUCAACGAGGCCGUGGCCCCCUUGACGGAGGAGGAGCUAGCGCUCUAUGACCAGAUUGACUUCGACCUGGCAGAGUACUCCAAGGACGUGGGGGCAGAGACCCUGCUGCAUGACUGCAAGAAAGACAUCCUGAUGCACAGGUGGCGAUACCCGUCCCUCUCGCUGCAUGGGAUCGAAGGUGCCUUCUCUGGGUCGGGGGCCAAGACCGUGAUUCCUCGAAAAGUGAUCGGCAAGUUCUCCAUCAGGCUCGUGCCAGACAUGACUCCUGAAGUGGUCAGCGAGCAGGUGAUAAGCUACUUGACCAAGAAGUUUGCUGAACUGCACAGCCCCAACAAGUUCAAGGUGUACAUGGGCCACGGGGGGAAGCCCUGGGUGUCUGACUUCAACCACCCUCAUUACAUGGCUGGGAGAAGAGCCCUACAGACAGUUUUUGGCGUCGAGCCAGACCUGACCAGGGAAGGUGGCAGCAUUCCUGUGACUCUGACGUUUCAGGAGGCCACGGGCAAGAAUGUCAUGCUGUUGCCCAUGGGCUCAGCUGAUGACGGAGCCCACUCCCAGAAUGAGAAGCUCAACAGGCACAACUACAUUGAAGGAACCAAGAUGAUGGCUGCAUACCUGUACGAAGUGUCUCAGCUGAAGAACUGAGCCCCACCUCUGCCCUCCACCUCACACUCUUCUGGCUGUUCAGGAAAGCGGAAGCCCGUCUCCUCUUUGCGUCUCAUCAGAUGCCACAGACUGCAGAAGUGGACAUGAGGGCACCUACCUGGCUCAGGAUGGAGUUAUCUAUAUCGGGCCGUGGUCCAUGUUCAGUCCUGGGGGCUUGUAAAUGACCCUGGGUGGUGGCUGCAUGCUCACUGGUGGUCAGUGUGACUUGGUCUCCAGAAAAGAGCUGAGGCCCGAAAGCAUAGGUUCUUCUGUAGAAGGUUCUGCCUGACGUCCAUUUGGGCUAAAGAGCGGACUUGGUGCUUCCCAGGCCCAGCUCUGCCCCCGAGUCAGGGUCGUGCAUGCUGGACACUUAGGGGCUCCCGAUUCCUUGAGGGCCACCCUCUCUGAUCCCUGCUGUCUUGUGCACGUUCUGUUGUUUUCUUUAACCGUUACUGGUAUUUCAUCUUUUCUUUAUUAUGAUUUCCUAAACCUAAACCUAACUAGGAGGGUUAUUUGGUCUCCAUCUCUGUUGCUAAAUAAAAAGUAGGCUCUGGA